AUGUGGAGGAACGAAACUCGUGCCCAUAGUCGAGGAAAGAAGACGACCCCUCCGCUGAUUCCAGCAGCAGUCCCAGGCAAAGCGAGCGUGCAUGACGUCAGUGGGAAUGUGGGAAAGCGAAGAGUACUCCUGAUUGGUUGCCCUAUAUCAUUUGCUCUCAUCCAUGCAGAAAAACUGACUCCACAAAUGAAAAAUGGUGUUGGCAGCUCAAGGUGCAAACCAGUUGAAUAUAAACGACUACAAGCCAUUAUUGAAGCAAAACGCCUGCAGUCUGAUCUAAUAGAACAACAGGUUCAGAAGACUCGCUCUGCAGCCAAGGCAACCAAAGAGAGCUCCUUAUUACGGCAGCACAGACAGGUGUGGAGCAGAGAGUGCUCCAGGCUGCAAAAGGCUGAAGAGCAGAUUCAGGAGGACUUCCAUCAUUUUCUGGAGCAAAUCAGGCCAAACAGUCUAACAGAUACUGCCAUCUUCUCACUUCAGGAAUAUGAACUGUCUCUUGAGAGAGAACGAGAAAUGUUCAGGAUUGCCACUGUGGAGCCUCUUCAUCAACUAAGAGAUGACCUGUGCUUCAGACUGCAUGAAGUGCAGCAUCGACAGCUCAAGGAAAAUCCAUCAAACUGCGAACAAAUUAUACCACAGAUCAACUCUGUGAAAGACCAGCAACAUGAUGUAAUUGCAAAACUUCAUGCCGAGUACCUUGACGUAGAAGAGCAUCUCACCAGCCUUGGCUUGGAGAAAUAUCUUACUAGUACUUCAGAUACAUCGGUGAAUGGAGAACAUAUCCCAAAAGAGGUUUUAGAUGCGGACUGCCCUUACCCAGACCUGAAGGACUCCCUUAUUGAGGCCUUCCAAGCCCUGUCAGAGAGGUACCAGAGCAGACUGCAGAGUCUGCAGGAGCAGCAGCAAAACACUGACAGGUUCUGUGGCUGGUUUCCAGAAGACCACAAACUCUUCGAACUCACUUUGUCUAUGUAUACUCAGGAGGUACCCAACCGCAGAGUACUUUGCAUGGACAUGCUAUUGAAACUCUUCCCUGAGCGCACAAGACUAGAACUGAUGGAGCAUGAGCGCCUGUGGGACUUACAGCGCUUCGCCCAGUUGCAGCACAAAGCAGUGACCCAGCAGUGGCACCGAGACAUGGACGAGCUAUUGGCCAGAGCACUGGUCACCCUGCAGGAGGCAAAUCAUGCCCACCAGGAGGAGCUGAAACUCCACAGAGACCGUCAACACCAACAGGACAUCUGUUAUCACCUCAGAGAGAAACUGCAGCAGUGGCGGGCCCAGCAGGAGGAGGUGGCACGGCUGGAGGCAGCGAUAGCAGCAAGGCAACAGGAGGAAGGAGAGGCCAGGAUAAAGAGGGAGCAGGAGAAGGAGGCUGCCAUCAGGUCACAGCAAAAAGAGAAAGUGAGAGUGUUUUAUUUAAAGCAGCAGAGGAGGAGGGAGAUACUGGAGCAAAGGGAUCAAGAGAGACUUGCUAAUCUGAGGAGUGUGAUGGAAGAACAGGCGAAGCGAGAUAGGCAGAGGGUCCAGUUUCGGGCAGAAAUGUUGCAACAGCGACAGGAAGAGAGGGAGACACGAGAGCUGGAGCGUCAGCGAGGAGAACAAGAAAAGCAGAAUCGUCUGGAGGCUCUUAGAAAACAGGUUGAGGUGGUGGUGGAUGCAGACCCGGAAAGACUGAUGGCAGACACUGAGUCUUGGAGGAAUCGAAACAUGAAUGCGAAUCAUUUUGAACCCCACAGGCCACUCUAUAGUAUCAAUACAUACACAGACACACAGAUUGUUUCUGAUCCGAGAGUCCGGGUUGAGCAGGCUCUGCGAGAGGCUGGUCUACACCAAAGCCAGUAUGCCAAGGAGCUCAUGUCUGCUAUCAAGCCAAUCAAAGCACCUCGACGAGACACAAAAUCCAUACUUAAAUUUUGACCUAGGUUUUGUUUGGGUCAUUUUAUACAGUCAAAGCAACCCUUGUUCUGUUCA